AUGGACGUGGACGUGGACAUGGACAUGGACGUGGACGUGACGUGGACGUGGACGUGGACGUGGACGUGGACAUGGACGUGGACGUGGACGUGGACGCGGACGCGGACGUGGACGCGGACGUGGACGCGGACAUGGACGUGGACGUGGACAUGGACAUGGAUGUGGACUGCAAAUAACAUGGACGUGGUCGUGGACGUGGACGUGGACGUGGAUAUGGACAUGGACGUGGACAUGGACGUGGACGUGGACAUGGACGUUGACGUGGACAUGGACGUGGACAUGGACGUGGACGUGGACAUGGACGUGGACGUGGACGUUGACAUGGACGUGGACGUGGACAUGGACGUGGACGUGGACGUGAACAUGGACGUAGACGUGGACGUGGACGUGGACGUGGACGUGGUCGUGGACGUGGACGUGGACGUGGACGUGGACAUGGACGUGGACGUGGACGUGGAAUUGGACGUGGACAUGGACGUGGACGAAGACAUGGUCGUGGACGUGGACGUGGACGUAGACAUGGACGUAGACGUGGACGUGAAGGUGGACAUGGACGUGGACCUGGUCGUGGACGUGGACGUGGAGGAACAUGGACGUGGACGUGGACGUGGACAUGGACGUGGACGUGGACAUGGACGUGGACGUGGACGUGGACGUUGA